AUGAAGUGCAGAAAGGGUUGCUCAAAGGCUCUCUUAUCUCUUUCCUUAACUCCGGCUGGGAGAACAAUAGACAAUUUUACUAGAGAUAUAAAACUAGUCAAGGAUAAUCCCACACUCCUCCAAACAUUCUAUGACUACAUUUCUAUAAAAUACGGAGUUAAAUGCGAGGUAGGAAUUAGCUUAGUAGAAAGAAUGGUUAUGUCAGACAGCUUCAAACAACUUAUGGACACAAAUGAUCCUACUAACGAGCUUGUAAACAAGAAAAUUCUUUUAUACAGAUGGAUAAACCCAGAGCAUCUAGAACUUAGGAGUGUGAAGAGGAAUAUCUUGGAAGACAUCUCCAAGGUGCUUAAAUCCCUUCCUUUUCUCCAAACACCAACAGAAAAGAUAUCUUGCGUAAUGGAUGUCAUGGAAAGAUUGUGCAAUUCAAUUGGGAGGAACGAGGGACAGGAUAAGAUCCUCCCGUCCAUUAUCUAUUGCAUCAUAAAGUCGUCGGUUCCUGACAUAUACCUAGAAACCAGGUUUAUGGUUCUCUACAGGAGAAAGAACGGUGAGAGGUGUAAAGAGAAGUGUAAUCAUGAGCUUAAUAUCAAGGCCGAUUGCGAAUGUUUUUUCAACAAGACGUAUGAUGAGAAGGAAGUAAGCUAUUAUUUGACAUCAGUACAAGCAGCAGUGGAUUUCAUAAGAAAAAUGGAGUUUUAUGACCUCAAGAUAAGUGAAGGAGAAUUCUAUCAAAAUAUAAUGGAGACAAUAGAACUUGUGAGAGAUAUUUGA